AAACCCUGAGGCGCAACAUAGCAAGGCUUCCGGGAACGCUGGAGCAAAAGGCCAAACAGACCAGGCCGGGUUAGAGAAGUCAAUGAGAUUAGUGAAACAUUCUUAAUUAGUUGUUCAUUUUCUGAAAAUCUAAAAGGCACAACCUAGAUUCGAGUUAAUGUCUUAAGUAGUUUAACAUGUUAUUACUCCAACCUCAUGAAAGUGACAAACUGACACGUUAUCAUUUUCGUCAAAAACAACUUUAUAUCAAAGGAGUGCCUCUGAUUUGCGGCGUGCACAUGCGCAGUUAGGCGCCAGGCGACCCUGAGACCAGAUUCGUUGAUUCUGCUCGCUAACGUCGCCAUUACAUCGCCUACAAGCGUGAUCGGGGAUUUCUAUUGGAGAAACCGUUUCGGACUAUCUUCAUACUGUACUGUCUUUGAUUAUAUAUCAGGGGUGGAGAUGGGAUGAGGGGAAAUGAAGGAACAGACGUCGUUUCAAAGCAUCAAUGAGUAGAUGGAAGAAACACACAACAACCAUCUGUUUACAUCGAUCCAGAAAGCUUAAAUUCGUUCGCCGUAAUGAACUACAGCUCCCACAAACCAUUGCAGAAUUAGCCUUUAUCCGGGUUCUUCGAACUUGCUAGUUAUCAGCUGAAAGCAUAAGGUGGAUGUGUGUUCCGUUGGUGAGCAGCGAUGCCCCUGGAGGUGAAAUGGCCGUUCCCACAGUGCCCGCAGCUGGCCUGGAAGGUGACCAGCACCCUGGUCAUGGGCAUGGUGGGCUCAUACAGCUACUUCUGGACCAAGUAUCUGAACUGUAUCACGGUUCAUAAUCAGGAUGUUCUAUUUGACCUGAUAGACCAACGUCCACCUGACACACCCCUCAUCACACUGUCCAAUCACCAGUCCUGUAUGGACGACCCACACCUCUGGGGAGUUCUGAGACUCAGACACCUCUGGAGCUUCAACAAGAUGCGCUGGACUCCGGCUGCGUCGGACAUCUGUUUCACCACAGAGUUACACUCCAGAUUCUUCAGCAGAGGGAAGUGUAUUCCCGUCUGCAGAGGUGAUGGGGUGUAUCAGAAAGGCAUGGACUUUAUUCUGGAGAAGCUGAAUGGAGGAGACUGGGUACACAUCUUCCCUGAGGGGAAAGUCAACAUGACUGAGGAGUUUAUACGGUUGAAAUGGGGUGUCGGCCGUCUGAUAGCAGAGUGUUCCCUUAACCCUGUUAUUCUCCCUGUGUGGCAUGUAGGUAUGAGCGAUGUCUUGCCCAAUGAGCGACCCUACAUCCCUCGUACUGGACAGAGAAUCACAGUCCUGAUAGGGAAUCCAUUUACAGUCAAAGAUCUUCUGGAGUCUCUCCGACAACAGCAGAGGAGCCAGAUGGAGAUGAGGAAGGCCCUGACAGAUUCCAUCCAGGAGGAGUUUCGUAGCCUGCGGACCAAGGCUGAGGCUCUCCACCAGAGGGUACAGACCACUACCUGAGCCCCAGGCUCCAGCCCGGCCUCCACACCUGACCCUACCCUAACCUCAGGGUACCAACUCAAUAUGGAGUGGACAAAGAGACUGACUGUAUACACACACACACACAAACAGGAAACUAGAUUCACACACACACACAAACAGGAAACUAGAUUCACACACACACACAAACAGGAAACUAGAUUCACACACACACCACACACACACAGGAAACUAGAUUCACACACACACAAACAGGAAACUAGAUUCACACACACACACACAGGAAACUAGAUUCACACACACACCACACACACACAGGAAACUAGAUUCACACACACAGACACAAACAGGAAACUAGAUUCACACACACACAAACAGGAAACUAGAUUCACACACACACACACAAACAGGAAACUAGAUUCACACACACACAAACAGGAAACUAGAUUCACACACACACAAACAGGAAACUAGAUUCACACACACACAAACAGGAAACUAGAUUCACACACACACAAACAGGAAACUGGAUUCACACACACACAAACAGGAAACUAGAUUCACACACACACAAACAGGAAACUAGAUUCACACACACACACACACAGGAAACUAGAUUCACACACACACAAACAGGAAACUGGAUUCACACACACACAAACAGGAAACUAGAUUCACACACACACACCUGUGCCUCAUAGUGUGUGCAGUCCAACCUGCUGUCUGAUAAACCAGUGGUCACCAAUGUGAUAAUUGCAAGGAGUAUCCUGCUAUGCACCUCAAAAAUCAUUCAGUCAACAUACAGGCAACGUUGAGAAAACAUUGUUCUUUGCUUCAUGUUUGAAACCAAUUCAACGGGAAUGUCCAUAGAGCCAAUGUUGUGUUUUACAGGCAUUUUAUCAACCGUCCAGUUCCCUCCCGUGUUAUGAAGUCACAUGACACUCACCUCUGUCCCCACGGUAACAGCAGAACUAUGAGUAGUAGAGAAGUGUGGUUCUCACGGUAACAACAGAACUAUGAGUAGUAGAGAAGUGUGGUUCUCAUGGUAACAGCAGAACUAUGAGUAGUAGAGAAGUGUGGUUCUCAUGGUAACAGCAGAACUAUGAGUAGUAGAGAAGUGUGGUUCUCAUGGUAACAGCAGAACUAUGAGUAGUAGAGAAGUGUGGUUCUCAUGGUAACAGCAGAACUAUGAGUAGUAGAGAAGUGUGGUUCUCAUGGUAACAGCAGAACUAUGAGUAGUAGAGAAGUGUGGUUCUCAUGGUAACAGCAGAACUAUGAGUAGUAGAGAAGUGAAAUGUGGUUCUGAUCCUCUGGCAGCUUAGCAGGAACUGACUUAUACAGCCAGGAAAAACUACGGGUCCUAAUCACAAAUCCUUUCACUUUGUGCCCUCAAUCUCUCUCUCUAUUGCACUCCGUUUCUCUUCCGUUGUCCAUCUCUCUCUGUUUCUCUCCCGUUCUCCAUCUCUGUUUCUCUCCCGUUCUCCAUCUCUCUCUGUUUCUCUCCCGUUCUCCAUCUCUCUCACCUGAUCCUUCCUGUUGUACUGUUAUCCUCGGUUCAGUCAUCUCUGAUCUCUAUUGAUUACAUAUAUAUUACUGUGAUUGAAACAAUGCCACCAAUAAAGUACUGCCUUUUGUUAAUUUC